GUUUAAAACCUUAUGCGUUCAGCGCAUUUCUGUCUAACAUUUUAUUUCGCUACUCAAAAAUAGGGCGAAAUAACUAUCUCUCAUUACAAAUAAAGAUAUUAAUGAUAUAAAUAGUUGUAAUUAGCUUAUUUUCAUGAAUCUAUCAUUGAUCAAAAACUAGUGAAGCAUCUUUUCUGUAUCUUAUUCAUAUGAAUUGUCACAUAUCCUACGACAGAUAGGACUAAAUCAUAUUCAGUUUAUUUGAUCCCAGUUUGUCCCUAAACUAAAGAUGGCAAAAGUGAAUUUUGACCUGUUGAUGUGAUUUUAUGACCAAAUAGUCCAGUUUAAUUGCAAGUGAUAUGAAUCUAAGCUUUUAAAUGCAUAAUAUCCCACGGUAUCUAAUCAUUUUAAUGCUGAUACUUUUCUUUUUUCCAGACCAAUCUGAGUCAUGAAUAGAUCACAGCUUGCUGUUCGCAAUUUAAAUUUAAUUGGUGGAAAUCAACAUGGGCUGACUGAUUUAUGUGGGCUGUCAUUCAGUAUUUGAUGUCGAUCGCAUCACUUUUACUCACCCGGUGUCAGUGAGAUAGAUGAAGAAAAUGUAUAUCCACUGUUAACUGGAGGAUUAAAUCGAAUGACAUUUUUCUCAACAACUUCAUCAAAUUCAUCUUUAGCCUCAGGAUUAUCAGACACAAAUUUUAUUAAUUUAGAGCAAGCAGCAGCUACUGGUAGCAGUAGUAGUACAACUAAUCGUUUUGGAUUUUCUGACGGAUUAAUAAAUCAUGAACAUACUGAUAAUCAUAGACAACAUUUAAAUACGGUCCAGACUAACAGUUCUCAUAAUUUUUCAAGAUUUAUAUAUAAUCCAUUAAAUGUUUACGAUGCUGGCGAGAAUUUACCAGCAGUUGCAAAUUCUGAACGUUACAGGCAAACAUAUAGUCUUAAUUUUAUACAAAAUACUAGUGAUUCUAUUAGUAAUGAUUCUGGAGUAUCUCCAUACUGUUCAAUUGUAUCAUUCCAAAAUAAUAUGAAUGGACAAAAUUUCUGUAUUGACUGCCGUUAUAAUCAUGUAAUGAUAAGUGGACAAAUGUGUACAUGUAGAUGUCAUAAUGAGUCAAAAGAAGUCACAACAAUACCAAUACUAAAUUUCAGUACCAAUACGAGGGGUGCUCAAUUUUUCAAUCGACCCUUAUCGUCUGAUAACUAUCCGACACCAACUAAAUAUUCGUGGAACAGCACCUCAUCAUUAUCAGAACCAAUGGCACACCAAGUUCUCCCUCCACUUACAAAUGCAUUAACUGAACAAUGUCAUCAUAAUUCCGUUAAUAAUCAUAAUACAUUCCGCUAUUUUGGUGUAUAUUCUGCAUUUACAACCGAUUACUCUCCAAGAGGAUACGAUUCAUCGAAUGGCUUAUCUUCUCCAUCAAUGCUAGAAUUAACCGGUGAUGUAAGAACAGUAAAUUUUGUUUCUCACGAUCAACCUCCAUUAAGAACAUGA